AUGACCAACAUCAACAUCCAAAUAAUCUCCGACACCGUCUGUCCCUGGUGCUACGUGGGGUUCCGCCGCCUCUCGCGCGCCAUCGCAACCCAUAAGACCACCCACCCGGCCGAUACGUUCACGCUCACCUGGCAUGCCUUCUACCUGAACCCCAACGGCACUAUCUACCCGGGCAUCGACAAGACGGAGUUCUACCAGAACAAGUUCGGCGUCGAUCGCGCCGCCGCCAUCUUCCAGCGCAUGUCCGCCGUCGGCGACGCCGAGGGGAUUGCCUUCCGCUACGGCGGCCGCACCGGCAACACGCGCGACUCGCACCGGCUGCUGUGGUAUGCCGGUCAGCGGGAGAAGCAGCAGGCCGCGCCGGCGCAGUCGGACGUAGUGGGCGGGUUGCAGACGCGCGUGGUGGAGCGGCUGUUCCGCGCGUACUUCGAGGAGGAGAAGAACAUCACGGAGCGCGAGGUGCUGCUGGAGGCUGCGGCCACGGCUGGUCUGGACCGCGCUGAGGUGGAAAACUUCCUGGCGUCGGAGGCUGGCGGCCGAGAGGUCGACGAGGAGGCUUUCCGCGCGCAGAGACGCCUGGUGACGGGCGUGCCGUAUUUCACGAUCCAAGGGGAAUACGCCAUCGAGGGCGCGAACGAGCCCGAUGCGUUCCUCGAGGCCUUUGAUCGCGUGAAGGCAAAUGCCUGA